UUUUAUGCUAUAUCUUAAUUUGCUAGUGUUGUGAUUUACGUAGUAUUUCAUAUAAUUUUCUAUUACCAACAUGGGAAAUCAAAGAAGUAGAGCAUGCGAUAAUAACGAACAGGACACCGCCACCUACACCAUUGUAUUUAAGACAAAUGCUGAGUUUGUGGGCAGUGGUACUGACUCGACUGUCUCAAUUGAGUUAUUUGGUGAGGAUGGAGCUGUUUCAACUGGUUCAGUUAAAUUGGACCAAGAGUUUUACGACAACUUUGAACCUGGAAGGUUAGACACUUUCACCACUGAGCUCAAAGACGUUGGUUUGCCGCUUAUUGUUCGAAUAAAGUUAAAGCACGAUACUGACGCAAAGGAUAGUUUGCUCUGUGAUUUUAUAAAGGUGAGCGUAAACGAUCAAGAAGCAACAUUCCCAGUAUGUGACUGGAUUUACGACGAAAUAGAAGUUACAAGGGGAGAAGCGAUCCUCCCGCAGAAAGUUAAAAACAUCCAUCUGUCGUCUAUGAUCGAACGAGAACUAAAAAAGGCUGAUGCAAAGUUUUCGUGGAUUCCCCGGCCUACAGAAAACGACAUUGGUUGGGGAUUUCCUAGAUAUGUUAAUGCUGUUACUUACAAGGAUCUUCCCGAUGUAUUUCAAAGAACGAAGAUUCGCCAGUUGGCACAGACCACCAACAAAUUGGAAAGUGGAAUUCACCUUAUGUUAAAGCAACUCGAAAGUACUGCAUGCCCACUGGAAAACCUCGAGUCUUUUCAUUACUUGUACGAACGAGAGGCAGUCGAGGUUGCGAAUGAUCGAAGCUACAUUUCGGAUUGGGACACAGAUGAAGGAAUGGGAAGACAAGUUCUUAACGGCAUCAGUCCUUUGGUUCUACAAAAGUGUUCCAAAUUGCCGAAUAACUUAAACGUUACAAACAGCGACGUUCUGUCAUCACUCGCACCGGGGACCACCCUUGAAACAAAUAUGGCGGCGGGGAAGAUAUACAUCAGCGAUUACAGUGAAAUGCUAGAAGGCGCGAUACGUAACAUCGAUCCAGCAACGAAGCUACCUUUACACUGCGCAAACUCAAUCGCGCUCUUCUAUUCCAAACCCAACGAGAAGUUUGUCCCAAUUGCAAUACAGUUGGUGCCCGGCGAUCGAAACUAUUUGUUCACCCCUUCUUCUGCAGAACAUGAUUGGUUGUUGGCGAAGAUGUAUUAUCGCUGCUCUCAAGCAAAUGCACAUGAGUGGUUGUUCCAUUACUCCAACACGCACAGCGUUAGCGGCACAGGAGGUACCGCGCUGUAUAAGUAUUUCCCCAAGUGCCACCCAGUGUUUAAGUUACUGCAACCACACUUACGAACUGUGGAAGCAAUCAACACUGAUGCGAGAGCUACCCUACUACCCGAAGGAUCGAGCACAAAUAAAUCAAUGGCUAUUUCUGCAACUUCACUUGCAAGAAAGGCUUACAAAACUUUCCACCAUAAUGACAUUGUGAUUCCAAAACUUCUGAAGAAGCAAGGUACCGACGAUCCCGAACUAUUACCAGGAUAUUAUUACAGAGACGAUGCGAUUGCUCAUUGGAAGAUUAUGGAAAAGUAUAUACGCAGUGUGUUAAGCUUCUACUACAAAUCGGGAGAGGACAUCAUAUCCGACUUCUGCCUACAAACGUGGGCCCAAGGCAGUGUAACAGAGGGCAUUGCAUGGCAGGAUAAUAAUCCACGAGGAUUUAAAUCUCACAUUUUAUCGCUGGACGAAUUGGUUGAAGCAUGCACUACUAUUAUGUUCACGAGUUCUGUCCAACACGCUGCAGUCAACUUUGGACAGUUUGAAACUUACAAGUAUAUUCCUAACUCCCCUUUCUCCAUGAGGUUACCUCCACAUAAAGUUGGAGAGGGAUCCAUGGCUAGAAUCAUGAAUUCCCUUCCCGAUAAUGGAAUAUCAAACCGAAGUAUUGCAGUUUCAUACACUCUUUCACAAUAUGCACCGAAUGAGGUUUACCUGGGAGAGUUUCCUGAUCGACUUUUCGUAGAAACUGAGAUUGAAGAAAUCCAAGAAGAAUACAGGAAAGAUCUACAAGAAUUGGGCAAGAAGAUAGAGAAACGAAACAAAGACCUUCAACACAAGUAUACGUAUUUACAUCCGAAAAAUAUUCCCAACAGUAUUGCAAUAUAGACGACCUUAUUCUAAAACGUGUAUGGAUGUCAAAACGUACCCCGUCAUACAGAUGUAAAAAUGUACCCAGUCAUAAUAGAUAAAAAUGUACCCAGUCAUACAGAUGUAAAAAUGUCCUCAGUCAUAAUA